AUGGCUCCUCUUCUUGCCCUUGUUGUCGCACUGGCCUUGAUUUCUGCGUGUCUUGUCUUCUUCACUUCCCCUGCAGUGCAGGAGCUUGGGCGGCGUCCAUUGAGCUUAGCUCAGCAGUGGUGUAAGCCAGGGCAGAGGGCAGAUCCAGCAGGUCCCUGGUCUGGUUGGAGCAUCGAAAGCGUGGCUGCACGGACUUCCUCUCCGAUCUUCCUUGGUUUGAUCCUUCUGAUGAACUCCCCAUUGAGUAUUGAUGUGCAAGGUGUAGGAAAGAACCGACAAGCAGGAGCACAACUAGCUCAUCCUGAUGGCAGUUAG